AUGACACAAGUGAUCAAAAUAGUAAACUUUAUUCGAGCCAAAUCAUCAUUAAAGCACCGUCAAUUUAAAUCAUUUCUCGAUGAAGUUAAAUCACAAUAUGGUGAUUUACAGCUAUACAAUAAUGUAAGGUGGUUGAGCAAAGGUUUGGUACUUCAACGAUUUUUCGUAAUAUUGGACGAGAUCAAGUUAUUCCUUUCUAGCAGUGAUCAAUUAUGUGCAAAAGACUAUUUAGAUUUCCUUGAAAUAAAAGAACAUGUCACAUCUAUCGCUUUUUUGACAGAUAUAUUUAAACAUAUCAACGAUUUAAAUUUCAAACUACAAGGUAAAGGAAAAUUAGUGUGCCAUCUACUGUCAGAAAUCAAAUGUUUUUCAAGGAAAAUGGAUCUCUUUUGCGAAGAUAUAGAAAACCAGAAAACGAACGUUUGCACUUUCCUAACUUAA